AUGCAAUCGCAAUUUGGUCUGCCUGAGGAAGAACUCAAGGAGGCAAAGGAGCAGUUGACAGCAGUGGAGGCGGAGAAAGAAUGCCUACUCGAUGAACUCAGAGAGAUGAAGAAGGUCGCUAAGGAAGCAAAAUUGAGGCUGAGUGAGGCCUUGUUGGCUCAGACAGGACCACAGCAGUGUUCAGAGAUUGAGAAGUCUCUGGAUGAUGAAUUGGAGUGGUCAAGCAUUGAGGUGGCCAAGAAAAGGGAUCAGGCAUGGCACCUUGAUCUCGAGGCGGUUAAGAAGCAAAAGGCAAUGGAUGUGGAUGCUUUCUCUUCUGCUCUCCAAGAGCUCGACCAGGUCCAUCAAGAGCUCACAGUAGCAUUGGAUGCAGUCAAGAUGGCUGAGGAUAUGAGGAAUGUGGCUGACACCAAUGCUAGAAGGGUCCAAGAACUCUCUGCAGAGGUUGAAUCCGUGAAAGAAUCUUUAGCUAAUUCAAGGGAACAGUUGGAAAUCAAACAUACAGAAGUAGAAGCCCUGAGGAUUGAACUCGAAAAGGCAAAAUACCUUGCGGUAGUAUUGGAGGAGAAAGAAGCAUCAUUAAAGAAACUGAAACACGAUCUGAACUAUACAAAAGAGUCAAAAUCUCAAGCAAUGGAUGACUUAUCUGAAGCUAAGAGGAAGCUUCAUAUGAUAGAGUAUGAAAUGGAGAAAGCAAAGGAAUCAGAAUCUAAAAUGUUAAGCUUACUGACCUUACAAACAAAACAGCUUGAACAAACCAAGAUUUUGCUUGAGGAGUGUAGGUUUGAGUUAACCUGUCUCAAUGAGAAGGUCGAAUACUUAGAAAGGUCAGAUGAGCAGAAUAGUACAGAAAAUGCCACAUCUCAUAGCUGCUAUUCACAUUCCAUGGAAGAAACUGUUGCUGCUCUUAAGUCUGAGCUUCAAUUUGUAAAAAAAUGCUUGAACCACUCCCAAGAAGGGGAAGCACUAGCUCAAUCAAAGGCCAAAGCUUUAGCACAUGAGUUGAACCUUCUUAGAACUGAACUGAAGUUAGCUACAGAUGCGGAAGAGAAGAAUAGGAAGGCCAUGGAUGACCUGGCAUUAGUACUGAGAGAAGUCUCAAUGGAGGCCAAUGAGGCAAAGGGAAAACUCAUCUCAAGCCAAUCUGAAAGAGAGAAUGCAAUGAGAGAGGUAGAAUGCCUCAAGCAGGUCAUGAAAAGUACAGAGGAGAUGUAUGUAGAGCUCUUAAGUAAAGCAAGAAAUGAAAUCAAACAGAUCAAAGAUGAAGCUGAGAGACUGAGAAUAGAGGCUGAGGAAUCAAACUUGGUCUGGAAUAGAAAAGAAGUUGGGUUUAUUAAUUGUAUAAAAGGAACUGAGGAGGAGUUUCAUGACAUAAAACAAGAGAACAGCAAAUUGUUAGAAUCAAUGAGGGAGGCAGAGCACAUUACUAAGGUGUCAAAGGAAGAAACCAACAAAUUGCGAGAUAUACUCAAACAAGCACUGAAUGAGGCUAAUGUUGCGAAGGAAGCUGCAGAGAUUGCCAGGAAUGAGAAUUACAAACUCAAGGAUAGCCUAGCAGAGAAAGAUAUUACUUUGCAGGAUCUAACCCGAGAAAAUGAACGACUGAGAAUCAAUGAAGCCACAGCUCUUGAGAAUAUCAAGAACAUGAGGAGAUUACUUUCAACAGCAACAACAAGAAGAACAGCUACACAACAACCAGAAGAAGCAUUCAAGGGACAAAUUCCAACCUGUAAAGAGAGUGAUGAAGAUGGUAAGACACUAGCUGAAGUUGUCAGUGUUGAUACUAAGGAUCUAAGAGUUUCAAAUGGAUACAAGGAAGCAGAUAAGGAACCUAAAAAGGACAAGACGCUCAAGACUUCUUCAGUAUUCACCGAUGAUGCAGUGACAUUAAACUCUGAAGAUUUUGAUCAUCUAGAUGGGAACCAAGUAAACAAUAUGGAUGAUGAUAGAAACAAAAAUAAAAAGAAGAACGCAUUACUAAGAAGAUUUGGUCAUCUUCUGAAGAACAAUCUUCCAUAG